AUGGUGGACUGGACGGAUCCCGGUGUCAUCUCGAAAUACAGUAGUAUUUUAGAACAAACUAAUUUCAUAUGCCUUGGUUUGUACAUGUGGGAGUACGCAAGAUCAUGGCAAGUUGAACUUGCUUUGAUUUGCAGACGCAUACAGCCUCGAUGGCCUCUGGUGAGUAGCAGCUUGCAUGCUUGUGCAUUGUCACAGAAGUGCUAA